CGACUUUGAAGUCGCCAUAUUUACUGAUUAAAUAAUGGCACAUGCCGCUAGGUAAAAAAUCAAAAUUUUAAAAAUACAGUUUUUUAUUUGUGACACUGUUUUUAAUUGAUUAAAAAUGUCCUCUAUUAUUGUUGCUAGAGCUCUUGCUCCAGCCGUACAUCGCAGCUUAAAAGUAUUGCUAUUGAACGCAACGUUGAAAAAAUGCAACAACUACUCCAAAAUAAUACAAAGUGGUUUGCCAGCGUACAGUCAAAGGCGGUUUUACGCGGAAAAAAAGGUUUUUGAACGUACUAAACCCCAUUGCAAUGUAGGCACUAUUGGGCAUGUAGAUCACGGCAAAACAACCUUAACAGCUGCAAUUACAAAAGUUUUAUCUGACGCUAAGUUAGCUGAAGCUAAAAAGUAUCAGGAUAUUGAUAAUGCACCUGAGGAGAAAGCCAGGGGUAUUACAAUUAAUGUAGCUCAUAUUGAGUACCAAACAGAGAACAGGCAUUAUGGACACACUGACUGUCCUGGGCAUGCCGAUUACAUUAAAAACAUGAUUACAGGUGCCGCCCAAAUGGACGGGGCUAUAAUGGUUGUAGCCGCAACCGAUGGGGUUAUGCCGCAAACCCGCGAACAUUUACUGUUAGCGAAACAAAUCGGUGUAAAACACAUCGUGGUAUUCAUCAACAAAGUUGACGCCGCCGAUAAGGAAAUGGUCGAACUUGUGGAAAUGGAAAUUAGGGAGUUGUUAACCGAGAUGGGUUUCGACGGGGAAAACAUCCCAAUAAUCGCCGGGUCGGCUCUGUGCGCCCUCGAAGGCAAAAACCCCGAAAUCGGCCAAGAUGCAGUACUGAAUUUACUAAAAGAAGUCGAUGCCUACAUCCCGACGCCCGAGAGAGAAUUGGACAAACCGUUUUUGCUUCCUGUUGAGCACACAUAUUCAAUCCCUGGGCGUGGUACGGUCGUGACGGGGCGUUUGGAGCGGGGCGUCGUCAAAAAGGGGGCCGAAUGCGAGUUUGUGGGGUACAAUAAGGUUAUCAAGAGCACGGUUACGGGUAUCGAGAUGUUCCAUCAAAUUCUCGAAGAGGCGCAGGCGGGAGAUCAACUUGGCGCUUUGGUGAGAGGAAUUAAAAGGGAUGAUGUUAAAAGAGGAAUGGUAAUGGCAAAACCUGGUACAGUAAAAAGUUACGACAACAUUGAAACUCAAGUGUAUAUUUUAAGUAAAGAAGAGGGUGGAAAAUCAAAACCUCUCACGUCUUUCAUCCAAUUGCAAAUGUUCUGCAGAACGUGGGAUUGCGCAGUUCAAGUUGUAGUCCCUGACAAAGAAAUGGUUAUGCCUGGAGAAGAUUCUAAGUUGGUAUUAAGAAUGAUGAGACCAAUGGUGCUGGAAAAAGGACAAAGGUUUACACUCAGAGAUGGUUCCCAAACUCUAGGCACUGGUGUUGUAACAAAGACACUUCCAAUGUUAUCAGAAGAUGACAGAUUAUCUUUGACAGAAGGCAAAAAGGCCAGAGAGAAGAAGGCACAGAAUGAAAAAUAAACGCAUUUUUAGUUAAUUAAACAAUUUUCAUACGUGAUAAAAAUGUAAUUAUUUAUUGUAAGGCAAUCCAAAAUCUAGUUAUUUGUCUAUGUUAUUUUGUUGGUAGAUGAGUCAACAGUUCAUAUUCAUAUUUUUAAGACUUUAUUUUACAGUGUUUCUGUACGAUUUUUUUAUGUUACUUUUUGUUUGAGUUUAUUAAAGACUACUACUUAC